AUGGCUUCUAAGCUUCAGCUCAUAGGGAUGCUCAUCUUCUUCCUCAUAAGCUUGUUGGCUCUUACAAAACCAACAAUGGCAAAUGAUGUUGACGACAUCCCUGUAGAUUUUGAUCGUAGUUACUUUCCAGAUGACCUCAUUUUUGGAACAGCUACUUCUGCCUAUCAGGUGGGAGGAGACGAGAAAGGAGUGAAUGAAGAAGGGAUUGAAUUCUACAUUAGAAUUAUUAACGAAACAAUAAAACAAGAUUUCCGUGAAUAUGCUAAUCUCCUCUUUAAAAGAUUUGGUGAUCGAGUAAAGCAUUUGAUGACUUUUAAUAAACCAUGGGCUCUUAGUGGAUUCGCCCAUGAUGAUGGAUUUUUUGCUCCUGGUCGAUGCUCAUCUUGGGUGAAUAAUCAAUGUCGUGUUGGAAACUCAGCCAUUGAACCUUACAUAGUUGCUUACCAUUUGCUACUUUCUCAUUCUAAAGCUGUACAAACAACUCAAAAAGGUAAAAUUGGAAUAACACUUUUCACCUUUUGGUUUGAGCCUCUCUCCAAUAGAAGAAUUGAUAUAGAAGCAUCUAGAACAUCCCUCGAUUUCAUGUUUGGAUUGCGGAUGGAUCCUUUAACUUAUAGUCAAUAUCCAAAAACCGUACAAAAUUUAAUUGGAGAUAAAUUGCUUAAUUUUAUCGAUGAAGAAACUCAAUUACUUAGAGGAUCGUAUGAUUUUAUUGGACUACAAUACUACACUUCAUAUUAUGCAAAACCAAAUGUUUCAAUUGAUUCAAAUUGUAAUGUUUAA